AUGUUCUUUAUUGAUGUCUUUCUGAAAGGACUCAAACCAAAUUAUGACGAUGAUGCUGUUGAUCGAUUGAAUUAUUACUACACACCCAUGUUGAUCGUCAUUUUUGCUUUGACACUUUCUGCUAAACAAUACGUCGGUCAACCCAUCCAAUGCUGGAUUCCAGCUCAAUUCACAGGAGCCUGGGAACAGUACAGUGAAAAUUAUUGCUUUGUGCAGAAUACCUAUUUUCUUCCACUUCAUCACUAUAUUCCGAACGAUAUUGGAGAUCGAGAGAAUCGAGAAAUUGGGUAUUACCAAUGGGUUCCCUUCAUUCUCGGUCUUCAAGCUAUUCUUUUCUAUUUACCAUCAAUGUUUUGGAGGAUACUCAAUUGGCAAUCAGGUGUCUCUGUGAAAGGUCUCAUCAAAAUGUCAAAGGAUACCGGCAAUAUGGCGACAGAUCGUCGAAAUGAGAGCGUGAAAGUGGUUGCCGCACACAUUCACGACUCGUUGAAAGCACAGAAAAAACUCGCUAAUUACACUCGUCUGACAAGAUUUAUUCAUGAAGGCAAAUACCUAUCAUAUCUGUAUCUUUUCACAAAAGUUCUCUAUGUGGUUCAAGUUGUUAUGCAAUUCUUCAUUUUGAAUAGUUUCUUAUCGACCUCGUAUCUUUUCUGGGGUUUCGGCAUUCUUCGAGAUCUCGCCUAUGGUCGAGAAUGGGAGGAAAGUGGGCAUUUUCCGAGAGUAACAAUGUGCGAUUUUGAAGUCCGUGUUUUGGGAAACAAACAUCGACACACUGUACAAUGUGUGCUAAUGAUCAAUAUGUUCAAUGAAAAGGUCUAUCUCUUCUUGUGGUGGUGGUUAUUGUUGGUUGCUUGUGCCACUGUAUUCUCACUUUUCUACUGGAUUUGGCAGACAUUCUCAGCUAAAGAAAAGACAUCAUUCCUUGCUAAAUAUCUCUCCGUUUUCAACCUUUACAAUGCGGAAAACUAUCAGAAUCAACGAACAUUGGAUCGAUUUGUGUCGGAUGGAUUGAGAGAUGACGGGGUUUUUGUCGUGAAACUGAUUGCCGCUAAUGCAGGAGACUUGAUCACAACUGAUCUUGUGGCUGUGUUAUGGAGGAGAUUUUUGGAAGAAGAGUUGAACAACGAUCAACAAAAAGGUCUUGGCGGUGGUGGAAUGUCAGCUCCACUUGAUGAUGUAGAUGGAUUCUCCGAGAAGACUCCAUUGCAA